AUGGGGGUGAAUGCAGCUCAAGUUGCAGCAGGAGCCCACGGUGAGCACCAGCGUGAGGAGGCUCAGGAAAGGGGCUCUCCCAGUGCAGGAGGAGAAACACCGGCAUGUUCUCCGUCCUUCUCCCAAAGUGUUGACAGAGAAAAACCCAAAGUGUAUGAGCACCAAGAUGGCAGCAAAUCACUGAAGCUGGGUGACUUUGGACUGGCCACCAUUGUAGAUGGCCCCCUGUACACAGUCUGUGGCACCCCGACAUACGUGGCUCCAGAAAUCAUUGCAGAGACUGGAUAUGGCCUCAAGGUGGACAUCUGGGCAGCUGGUGUCAUCACUUACAUCCUGCUGUGUGGUUUCCCUCCAUUUCGUGGAAGUGGGGAUGACCAGGAGGUGCUUUUUGAUCAGAUUUUGAUGGGGCAAGUGGACUUCCCUUCUCCGUACUGGGAUAAUGUUUCCGAUUCUGCAAAGGAGCUCAUCACCAUGAUGCUGUUGGUCGAUGUCGAUCAGCGAUUUUCAGCCGUACAGGUCCUGGAGCAUCCCUGGGUUAAC